AUGUUUUAUUUAAAAAAAAUUUGUUUUUAAAAAAGCUAAAAUAAAAUAGAUUCGCAAGGCUUCAUAAGUUUAGCCUAAGCUUUAGAAAAAUGUACUAAACUUUCUUCAUUGAAAAUUUUUUUGUACUAAAGUAAAAUUAAUGUAUAGAGUGCAGCAAUUUUAGGCUCUGCUUUAAUAAAUUGCAAUGAACUCUCAAAUUUAGACAUUAAUCUCAAUGAUACUUAAAUUGAUGGUCAGGUUAUUUUUGGUUUAUGCCAUUCUUUAUCUUAAUGUGCAAAGCUCUAAUCUUUGGAUUUAAUGCUGUGUGAAAUUAAAAUAAGUAAUGAAGAUGUUGAGAAUUUGGGUUUUGCUUUGAGUAAAUUCCCUAAUCUUAUAACUUUAACCCUCUACCUUUAGAGAAAUUAAAUAAACUGGAAAGGUGUUUCUGGCUUAAUGUCUGCAUUAGCAAACUGUCCUACUCUAUCAAAAUUAAAACUUGAUUUUUGGGGGAAUUAAUUUAAUGACUAUGUUACACAAUAGUUAGGUUAGGCAUUACAAAAAUUAUCCAAACUAAAAAUUUUAGAGCUGAAUUUAAAUAAAAGCAAUAUUGAUUAAGAUGGUUUAUAGAAUUUAGGUAAUGCUUUGGCAAAGUGCUCCAAUCUAUUCUAGCUGAAUCUAGAACUAUACUUUAAUAAAAUUGAUAUUGAAGGAGCUUAAAAACUAUGUAUUGGUUUGUCUAAUUGCAUUAAGUUAUAAAUUUUGAAGCUAAGAAUUUCAAAUGAUUUUCUCAAGCAAUAGAGAUAAUUAAUAAACCAAAAAGUUUUGAAAUUUAAGAGAUUAAUUGCUUAUUAAUUGUUUUUAUGA